UGAAGGAAGGAUGUCUGGAGUCAGAUUGCUGCUGAAUCUCUGUGUUGCUGCAGUAGAAACUGACAGAUGUACAGGAACAAGAUUCUCCACUCUGCUGUCAUCUGUGUGCAGCUACAAAACCUUCCCUUUUGAUAAAGAGAGAGAUUAUGAUGAUGAGGAUCAGAAUGAUUUCCUGCUGGAUCUGUUCUCUCAUGUGAAGGACUAUGCGACUCAAACAGGCAGGAGUUUUCUUCCAGCAUUACAGUCAGUUUUCCAGUCACCUGAUGAAUGGAUCAUAGAUCUCUCAAAGAGAAAGAUCUCCGUCCUCCUGGAAGUGCUGAAGCUCCAGACAGAGAAGAAACCAGUAUAUCUGAUAUGUUCAGAGGAAGAGAGUGACGUGAAGAGUUUCCUUCAGUGUCUGCAGCACAUCUCACAGCUGAGGUUCUUGGACAUGUAUCAUGAAGAAGCAAGGAUGUCUGGAGUCAGAUUGCUGCUGAAUCUCUGUGUUGCUGCAGUAGAAACUGACAGAUGUACAGGAACAAGAUUCUCCACUCUGCUGUCAUCUGUGUGCAGCUACAAAACCUUCCCUUUUGAUGAAGAGAGAGAUGGUUAUGUUGUUCAUUAUCAGAGUGAUUUCCUGCUGGAUCUGUGCGCUCAUGUGAAGAACUAUGAGACUCAAACAGACAGGAGUUUUCUUCCAGCAUUACAGUCAGUUUUCCAGUCACCUGAUGUCUGGAUCAUAGAUCUCUCAAAGAGAAAGAUCUCCGUCCUCCUGGAAGUGCUGAAGCUCCAGACAGAGAAGAAACCAGUGAAGCUGAGAAGAUGUUCAGAGGAAGAGAGUGACGUGAAGAGUUUCCUUCAGUGUCUGCAGCACAUCUCACGGCUGAGGGCCAUUUUAGUGGGACUCAUUAUCAGCCCUGGAGUAUCAUGCCAGAACGGCCCACUUUAGCUAAUGACUGACUUUAUGAAAAUAAUGUAAUUAAAAUAGGGCUGUAGCUAUCGAAUAUUUUAGUAAUCGAGUAUUCUACCAAAGAUUCCAUCGAUUAGUCGGAUCAAAUGUGUUUUUGCUUAAAGUGCAAUAUUAAUUAUGCAAGA